AUGGCGACGCCGCUGAACCGAAAGAGACAGCACGCAGACGACGGCGCGCAAGGCGACCAUCCGUGCAAGAAGAUCAAGUCGGGAAGAAGCCACCACCGUGCUUCCAACUUCUCACCGGAAUUCUGGGACAACCUGUCCAAGGUCUGGCUGACGCCGCGCGCCCUGCGUGAACUCGACCGGCGAAACGAUAUUCGACCCCGAGACCGAACACCAACCGAAGAAGUUCUCUCCAGUGGCAUUGCCCGCUUCGCGAGACGCGGCGGUCCUGAUCUUCGGCAUCUUCGAGGGUGCCCAGAGCCAAAGCAUAACGAAAUGUCUGCUCACCGGUCCUCCACAUCCUCCCGGCCCAGUCGAAACACGCAGACCACCAACGCGACGAGUCUCUCCUCAAAGACCAGGAGAUCAUCAGCAUACGACGAUGCUUUCGAACAGCAUCUCCACGACAGUGGUAUCUAUAUGGAGGGCUAUGAGCAUGCAGGUGGGGUAACGCGAGAACCCGACAACUUGUGCCAAAUUCAGCAGGGAUUAUUAGUCCCGAGAGCCUCACUAUCACCAUCGCGCAUUCCUGAUUCGCUAUUUCGCGAGUUCACCAAGAAAAAUAGAACCAAGUCGGAGGGUACAGUGAUGCGUAACGUCAUCCCGAUAAUCGCUGGCAAUGCGGACAUCCCGAACGAGGGUCACCUUCCGUUCACCAACUUCGAGUCGCUAACCAACGAGACCACUGUCAAGUUGGUACCAGACUAUUUCGACGGGGCUCAAGUGAAAGAUAUCCAUUCCCAAGUGAGGCAGGAUCUCAGCCGAACGAUCAUACCUACGAAACAUGCAGAUGUCCCGGUGGCACCGAAUUUCUUCCUCGAGGCCAAAGCCCCAAGAGGGGGCGCCGACGUCGCCCUACGACAGGCUUGCCAUGACGGCGCAUAUGGAGCUCACGCCAUGCAUAGCCUGCAGAAUUAUGGCAAUGACGAGCCGGUCUACGACAAUAAUGCACACACAUUCAGCUCGAAAUAUCAUGAUGGUACCCUCAAGCUGUACACUCACCACCCAACAGCACCGACCACUCCAGGGGGCCGGCCCGAGUACCACAUGACUCAAGUCAAGGCCUUUGCAAUGACGAGUGACCGGAACACCUUUGUUGGCGGGGCCACCGCGUUCAGGAAUGCGAGGGAUAUGGCAAGCGGGUACCGUAAUGAAUUCAUUGCGGCUGCCAACAGCCGAGCGGAGCAGUCUCAUCUACUUGCACAAACCGACGCAAGUCCAGCCAUAGCCAACGCUGCGUACACAUCUCAAACCGCUCAUGACAACCUUCAGCAAGACAUUUUCAAUCAGAGCAUUGAUUUCACCGCUCUUCCACCAUAUCUCGACACGGAUGACGACUCCCAAUAUCCCAUUCAGGAGCCUGCAGCACUAGAUGGCGACCCGUCCACAAGUUUCAUAACGAGCUUUACUUCUGGUUUUAGCAGCACAGACCCCACCUCGAAGCGCCCGAGGCAGUCGCACAGCCCGCCAUCUAGUGUUGCUGAGACAUCCUCAGCUAAAAGUCGAUCGCGUCCUAGCACAAGAUCACAAACGAAGUCUCACUGGGUAGAGACAUACCGACGAAAUGGGAAACUCUGCUUUAAGAAUCUACAUAAUCAAGAAAUUGAGACCAGGUUAAGGGAGUGGAAGGAGCAGGAUGCUGACGGUACUUCAUGUUUCUACUGGAAGAGCCCCAAGUCUGGUCGGGUAUUUUGGACAUCCAAGUUGGCGUAG